AUGCACAAUACAGAAAAGUUAUAUAUAAAGAAAAAACUGGAUGCUACAUUAUUUAUUUCUAAUUUUUAUAAUUGGUUUGAAAUUCACUUCAAAGGUACUUUAUUAAUACGAGAGAAUAGUAAUAUAAAGAAUGCAACAUUGAUAGAACUUAUAGAUAAUAAAAAACUAUUCUUAAAUGAAAUUAAUGCUUGUGAAGCAUUAUUAAAAUUGAAUGAUUAUGAUGAAAAUUGUGAUUCUUUAAGUGGUACCAUUAACGUGAAUGAUAAUAAAAAACAAACAAACAGCAACAGCAACAGCAACAACAACAACAACAACAAUAAUAAUAUACAACAUUGUAGUUACUCUACUAAUAGGUGGGGCAACUCUAGUUGCAGUGUCUUUGAUUAUUUUCAUAUUUUAAAAAUAGAAGAAUUGAAGAACUUUUUAAAAGAUUAUAUUCUUACAAAUAAAAAAAUAAAUAAAGAAUUCUUUGAUGUUAUCGAACAAGAUAUGAUUAACUGGAAGAACUUAUUUUUCUUUGGAAAUCAAAAAAAGAAACCAGGAUUCUUAGACUUUUUAUUAUUAUGUGUUUUAAAAAAACAAAAUAUUCACUCCAUUGAAGAAAGGCAUUAUAAAAAUUUUUAUAACUGGUUUAAUAUUAAUAAUAUAUGUGAUGUAUUAAAACAUAAAAAGGAAAAUGCCAAAAAUGAAGAUAAUACACAUAAGACAUCAAAUACUAAUUUUAUUCAACAAAUUAUUGAAGAAGAUUUAAAAAAUAAAAAACAUACACAUGUCAUUACUAGAUUUCCACCUGAACCUAAUGGCUAUUUACAUCUAGGUCAUGCAAAAAGUAUAUGUUUAAAUUUUGGUUUAUCAAAUAAAUAUGGUGGUAGAACCCAUUUACGUUUUGAUGACACGAACCCAGUUACGGAAGAAAUUAGAUAUAUAGAAUCCAUAAAAGAAGAUGUGAAAUGGUUAGGAUAUGAUUGGAAAGAACAUUUAUAUUUUGCUUCUAAUUAUUUUGAACAAUUAUAUGAAUGGGCCAAGAUAUUAAUAAAACAAGGAGAUGCAUAUGUAGAUGAUCAAAGUAUUGAAGAAAUACGAAAAAAUCGUGGGAAUUUAAAAGAACCAGGAAUUGAUUCACCAUAUAGAAAUAGAAGUGUUGAAGAAAAUUUACAAUUAUUUGAAAAUAUGAAAAAUGGUUUAUAUAAAGAAGGAGAGAAGGUAUUAAGAGCAAAAAUAGAUAUGACAUCUGGUAAUAUGAAUUUAAGAGAUCCAAUAUUAUAUCGUAUUAUGUUUAAAACACAUCCUAAAACAAAAAAUAAAUGGGUUAUAUAUCCAAUGUAUGAUUAUGCUCAUGGUCAAUCUGAUUCAAUUGAAAACAUUACACAUUCUAUAUGUACCUUAGAAUUUGAAACACAUAGACCUUUAUAUGAAUGGUUUCAAGAUAAAUUAAAUAUUUUUAAAACUAGACAAAUUGAAUUUGCUCGUUUAAAUGUAACAUAUAUGGUAAUGAGUAAAAGAAAAUUAUUAACAUUGGUUAAUGAAAAAUAUGUUAAUGAUUGGGAUGAUCCACGCAUGCCAACAAUAUCAGGAAUGAGAAGAAGAGGAUAUAGUCCAGAUGCUAUUAAAGAUUUUUGUAGUAAGGUGGGUAUAGCUAAGAGAGAAAAUAUGAUACCUCUUGAUCUUCUUGAAUUAUGUGUACGUGAAGAUAUGGAUAUAAAAGCUAUACGAUUAUUUGCAAUUCUUAAACCAUUGAAAGUAAUUAUAACAAAUUAUAAUCAUACUCCUGAUUAUUUAGAUAUUCACAAAUUAGUUGCUAGUAAUCAUCCAAAAUUUGAACAAAUGGGUUCUAGAAAUAUUCAAUUUGAAAAAGAAAUUUUUAUUGAUCAAGAUGAUUUUCAAGAAAUACCACAAGAUAAUUUCUUUAGACUAGCACCUAAUAGAACUGUUAGAUUAAGAUAUGCAUUUUGUAUUACAUGUAAUGAAGUUAUUAAAGAUGAUCAAGGUAGGGUUCUUGAAUUGAGAUGUACCUAUGAUCCCAGUAGUAAAAGUGGGCACUCAACAAAUCAAAAAAAAAGUGAUAACAAAAAAAGUGAUGACAUAAAGAAUGAUGACAUAAAGAAUGAUGACAUAAAGAAUGAUGACAAAAAGAAUGAUGUCAUAAAGAAUGAUGACAAAAAAAGUGAUGUCAUCCAACAAAAUAUUGAUGAUGAUAAUAUUACACAAGGAGAUAAUAAAAAAGUAAAAGCUACCAUCCAUUGGCUGUCUGCAAACAAUUCACAUCAAGCAGAAUUCAGAAUGUAUGAUAAACUAUUUACAAAGCCAAAUCCAGAAUCAAACGAAGACAAUGAACUCAUUCAAAAAAUUACAUCAACAACACAUCUUGAAAAUAAUACAAACAAUCAAAGUAAUGGUAAAGAUGAAUAUGCUUCUAGUUCAUUAUUACAAAAUGAUCAAUUAGAAGAUGAAUCUAAAAAUGCAGGAUGGAGAAAAUAUAUAAAUAAAAACUCAUUAAUUAUUUAUAAAGGACUAGUAGAGAAUUAUGCUACACGUUUUAAUGUAGGAGAUCCAAUACAAUUUGAAAGAGUCGGAUUUUUUACAAAAGAUAAAGAUACAACAAAUGAAUUACCAGUUUUUAAUUUGACAGUACCUCUAGUUGAUAAUACCAUGUUAAAAAAAAAAAAAGAAGAUCUACUACAAAAGGAAUUAGAUAAAUUGAAAAGAGAAAAAAUUGCUGCAGAGAGAAAAUUAAAAAAAGAGCAAAAAAAAAUAAGGGAGCAAAAAAAGAAAGAGCAAAAUGGAAACAAUUAG